AUGGUUCUCGAGUGCCAGUCCCACCCACAGGAGAUCAUGCCUCCACGAAAAGCUGUCAUAAGUCGUCCUGCUAGGCGUAAUGUUGAGGAGCAAGGGUUUGACCAGUGGAAGAAGAGUAGGGUUGAGUAUGCACCGGUUUUGAGUUGGCCCACGUUUGAGGAGGCUUUCUUGGGGCAUUUCUUUCCCCGUGAACUGAGAGAAGCCAAGGUACGGGAAUUCCUUACCCUUAAGCAGGAUUCACUAAAUGUUCAUGAGUACAAGUUGAAGUUCACCCAACUUUCCCGAUAUCCUACGGAGAUGGUUGCGGAUAUAAGGAGCAGAAUGAGUCUAUAUGUUGAUGGAUUGUCCCGUCUGUCAAGCAAAAAGGGCAAGGCAGCUAUGCUAAUAGGGGACAUGGAUAUAGCAAGGUUGAUAGUUUAUAUGCAGCAGGUUGAGGAAGAGAAGCUGAGGGAUAGGGGAGAGUUUGGAAACAAGAAGGCUAAAGACAGGGAGUGA